GGGCAGUGUCGCUAGGAGACAGUCAGCUGAUACUGCAGGCGGGAAAAAUGUCUGCGGAUACGAAGCAGUUUGUUUAUUUUUUAAUAACUAUAUAAAUUUAAGCUUUAUUAGUCUAAACUAACGCCGUUUUUAUUCAGCUUAGAGAACAGCCUUCAUUAUGGCCCCUAUUAGGAUUAAACACGUUGUCUCAUUCACGUCACAGGAUCCUAAGAACCGUGUGGAUAAUGUGUGUGAGGGCGGAGGUGCUGGCAGGCCGUGGCUGUGUGCUCCUCUGGAUCGCAGCGGUGUUCUUAAAGCAGAGCUGCAGCUGGACAGAGCAUCUACUAUAGGAUUCAUCGAUGUUGGCAACCUUGGCUCUGCUUUUAUCCAAGUGGAUGUGGGACGCUCCUCUUGGCCAUCAGACCAUCCUUAUGUCGCCCUGUUACCCACUGCAACUCUUAUGAGUCCAGCAGAUUCACGGCAGGGAAAGGGACGGCAGACUGUACGCAUCUUUAAAACAGCUGAUUUCCUGCCUCAGGCUGCUAAGGAGAGUUGGGACAGGCUGCGGAUAACAUGCAGUCAGCCCUUUAACAAGCACUCUCAGUUUGGCCUGUCCUUCCUGCGCCUCCGCACUGCUGAGGAACAAUCUGAUGAGGUUUCUGCUGAUCCGGAGGACACGACUGCUGAGAACCAGAGCACACCAAGUAGGAUGAUAUCUGUGAGAGACUGGCUGACCAGUCCUGCCCUACAGAACACCUUCUUCGGCCAAAAGACAGGAGAAGGCUCUCCAAAAGAGGCCCAAAGGAGUCCUGCAGUGUUGAGCAGGGCAGAGCGAAUGGUGACAGCUGUCCAGUCCGUCAGGCGCUCUUUAAACAAUGGCCCUCACAACAUCUCAAGUAGCAGUCCACUCCAGAAUGAAGCGAAGACACAGGAUUCUGCGUCAGAUUCACAUAUAAGUGGAUUUAGUUCUCCUGGAAGUAAAACCAGUAAUCCAGUGGGACACAGGCGAAGGUCAAAAACAAGGCAGGGGGAGGCAAGCAUGGUCUCUACUCCAAAGAGACCCAGACCUACAAGCUCUAAGAAACUGCCAUCCAAAUGUAGCCAAACCAGUACACCAACGACAAGAGGUGGCACUAAAAUAGAUAUCAAAACUUUAAAACAUAGCCCUGUUAAAACUCACAUACCAGCUCCAUCAUCUCCCAAGAACAUUCCAGACAGUCCAGAGCCUCUUGAGUCUGUAUGCCCAAUAUGUGGAGUGUCUUUUAGCCCUCUCUACUUGCCGUUUCAUGCUUCCUCCUGCCUCGAUUCUGGUCCAGCUGAAUUAUCAGGAAACGUGGACUCGGACAUCCUGAACUCUAUUCCCUCUCCUACUGCUUACGGUAUCAGCAGAAAUGAGCUAAUGGUGGCCUGUCCAUUGUGUUCUUUACAGUUGCCUAUAGACUGCAUUGAGCAGCAUGCCAGCACCUGUGGAGAGACUGUAUGGGUGGACUGAAUCUGUGGACUGAUGAAGAACACUUUCGAAGAACAUUUCAUUAUCACUGUGCAUUCCAAAUACCAGCUUUGACUAAAAUGCAUCAUUACUCCCUUAUAUGUAUUGUGCUAUAUGGGGAAAGACUAUUUAGUUUACUAGGCAGCAGUAAAAACACAAAUUAUUUUGGAGAGUUAUUCUUCAUUAACAUGCAUUUGCACCAGCUGUAUAAACACACAGGUGAGAGGCUGAGCCGUGUUUAAAGCUCCACGCACACAAAAAGUGAGUUCUAAGCAGAGAUGGAAAAAUGACAAUAUUUUAUCAUAUUAUGAUCUAUUUUUUAUUGUAUUGACAAUAUGCUUUUUUUAAGCAUGUCAUGGACAACCUCAGAUAUUAAAAAAACAUGGACAACUGUACAUUUAAUUGCAAAGAGCAAAUUAAGCUCUGCUUAAUUGGAGGAUUUGCAGCAAAAACUGUCUGCAUGAAUUUGUCUAUGUGUGAAAACAUUGCAUAAUGUGUAUAUUGUGUAUUGAAAAUAUUGUGUAUUGUUAAUAUGUCUUAAAAUAUAUUGGUACAGUAUUUGUAUCAUAUCACCCAGCUCUAGUUCUGAGUUUAUGAAAUAAUCAUUUACUGUUAUUUAUUUUAUUUUGAAACAUAAGCCUCCUGUUAACUAGGGGUUGUGGCAAAAUAUCAAUACAGAUUGUUACGUUGUGUAAAAUAUCAAUAUUUAGUAUUUUUUUUGAAUGAAUGUAUUUUUGUUUUAAUUAUUUUUUCUGUAUGUUAAUGUUACACAGUUAGAAAAGAUUUCACUGUAGUGUAGUUGUGUUCUACCACACUGCAACACUGGAAUAAUACCACACUCAGAAGAGUUACAAUUAGUGUAUGUGUGUUAAAGAGACACAAGAAAGCUAAGCUCUGUGGUCAUUGUGUGUUAGGGGUUGUCAGAUUCAGUGAAACUGACACCAAUAAAUCCAUAAUUCUUGGUA